AUGUCUCUCAAGGCAUUCGACUACGAGUCUCUGAAUGAAAACGUCAAGAACUGUCAGUAUGCAGUCAGAGGCGAGCUCUAUCUCCGUGCUUCUGAGCUUCAGAAAGAAGGCAAAAAGAUCAUUUUCACAAAUGUUGGAAACCCUCAUGCUUUAGGACAAAAGCCUCUGACUUUUCCUCGUCAGGUGGUUGCUCUAUGCCAAGCACCAUUUCUGCUAGAUCACCCAAAUGUUGGCAUGUUAUUCCCAGAAGAUGCUAUUGCAAGAGCUAAGCAUUAUCUUUCCUAUACUUCUGGUGGUCUUGGUGCUUACAGUGACUCCAGAGGCCUUCCUGGAGUUCGAAAAGAAGUUGCUGAGUUCAUUGAACAGCGUGAUGGAUAUCCAAGCGACCCAGAGCUUAUCUUUUUAACUGAUGGAGCAAGCAAAGGUGUCAUGCAAAUCUUGAACUGUAUCAUAAGCGAUCAGAAAGACGGCAUUCUGGUUCCAGUACCACAGUAUCCACUCUACUCAGCUACAAUAUCUCUGUUAGGUGGCACUCUUGUUCCUUACUAUCUUGAAGAGACUGAAGACUGGGGACUUGAUGUUCACAACCUUCGCCAAUCCGUUGCUCAGGCUCGCUCUCAAGGAGUCACAGUAAAGGCAAUGGUGAUCAUUAACCCCGGAAACCCAACCGGACAGUGUCUUAGCAUAGCUAACUUACAAGAGAUAUUGAGGUUCUGUUAUGAUGAGAGAUUGGCUCUUCUUGGAGAUGAGGUGUAUCAGCAAAACAUAUACCAAGAUAAGCAUCCUUUUCUCAGUUCCAAGAAGGUUUUGAUGGAUAUGGGAGCACCGAUCAGCAAAGAAGUCCAGCUUGUAUCUUUCCACACUGUUUCUAAAGGUUAUUGGGGAGAAUGUGGACAACGAGGUGGUUACUUUGAGAUGACUAAUAUCCCUCCAAAGACUGUUGAGGAGAUAUACAAGAUUUCAUCUAUAGCUCUUAGCCCCAACGUCCCUGCGCAGAUAUUUAUGGGUUUAAUGGUUAGUCCACCAAAGCCUGGAGACAUUUCUUAUGACCUAUUCGUGAGUGAAAGCAAGGGGAUAUUAGAGUCACUGAGAAGAAGAGCAAAGAUCAUGACUGAUGGAUUCAACAGCUGCAAGAACGUUGUGUGUAACUUCACGGAAGGUGCAAUGUACUCUUUUCCUCAGAUAAAGUUGCCGUCGAAAGCAAUCCAAACAGCUAUAUUAGCCGGGAAAGUUCCUGACGUUUUCUACUGCCUUAAGCUUUUAGAAGCCACAGGAAUCUCCACCGUUCCUGGCUCUGGAUUUGGACAGAAAGAAGGGGUGUUUCAUCUGAGAACAACGAUUCUUCCGGCAGAAGAAGAGAUGCCAGAGAUUAUGGAGAGUUUCAAAAAGUUCAACGAUGAGUUCAUGUCUCAGUACGGUUUCAUAACUACUUAA